AGGAUCCGCCCUGGAUGCUGCCGAGUUUGCUACUAUGAUACUUGAAGAUGCAGGAGAAACUAAUGCCGGGUAUGGAUCCAACCUGACAGAAUCUGGUACUAUUGAGAUGGAUGCAGGAUUGAUGGAUGGAACGUCUCUACUCUUUGGUGCUGUUGGAGCUAUUACAGAGGUCAAGAAUCCGAUCCAGGUUGCCCGAAAGCUAGUUGAUGAACAGAAACUAGGGUUGCUUCCUCUUGGUCGUGUCCCCCCUGGGUUCCUGGUGGGGGAGGGGGCCAAGGAAUGGGCGGCGAGACACGGUAUACAAACCGUCAAGUCAGAGAAUCUCAUUAGCGACAAAGCUGCCAAACUAUACAAGCAUUACAAGAAGAAGUUGGAUCUGUACAAGUUAAGUGUAGAGGAGAACACGAAAAGAAAGCAAGGAGACAGCAGUUCAUUUAAUUCUUGUAAACGAUUGAGAACAGCCCAGCAUCUCUCACUAGCUGAACAUGUCAGAAGCAAUGACGGAGCUACAAGACUUCUGGACGGAAAUUCCAUAGAUUUCGAGGAUUCUAAUCAGAUGUACCGAAACCUUUAUGAAGUAACCAUUGAUAGAAUCAAUCCAACUGAUGAACAAUCUACUUCAGGAUGCAAUAUUUAUCCGUUACUGCAAAAUCCCUACACGUUCUCUCAUUCUUUAUCUCAUCUGCCACAAGCCAAUACCCCACUGAAAUACACAGCUGCCAACCAUAUGCCCCGUUCUUCAGCACAAGCCCCUCCUUCUAAUACCAAGCCUCUAGCAAGAUACUCCCUCGAGUCAUCUAAUAACUCAACUCCUCAAAUAAAUACUCAAGGGAAAUGUGAUUUAACUCAGCAACAUUCCAUGAAUAAAUUUGCACUUGAAAAUCCCUUUAACACCGGUGAUGUAUCUGUUGAUCCUGGGGACCUACUCAUAGCAACCAGCACUCAUGGAGACUUAAUGCUGGGGCAAGGGGACCUACUUAUCAGUACAGAAAGUACGAACAGCACUGAAGCUCUGAACAACGAGUUGAAAAGUUUUAACGUUGAUUCUUGUAAUCCUAUCCCGGCCCCACACCUUCACCAUGACUAUAUACGUAAGCACGAGAACCAGCAUCAGGACAAGGAUGGGAAACAAGACGAGGACGACCUUCCUGUUGAAGAUGAUCGUGUGGGGGACACUGUUGGUGUUGUAGUCCUGGAUCGUGAGGGGCAUGUAGCUGCUAGUGUAUCCAGUGGAGGGAUUGCUCUUAAACAAUCGGGACGAGUUGGUCAGGCAAGCUGUUAUGGCUGUGGUUGUUGGGCUCAGAGACCAAUAAAAAAGGACAGUUGUAGCGUAGGGGUCAGCACAACAGGUUGUGGAGAGCACCUGGUCCGAACCCUACUCGCUAAGGAGUGCGGACAAGGUUUGACCAACUCUACAACUCCUAUGGAUACUCUGCAGUCUAUCAUGAAGGAAAAGUUUGCUGAAUCUGAAUUCUUAUCAGGAUUGAAUGAAAAGCUAGGAGGAGCAAUUUGCAUGCAAUUUAAUAAGGAGACAGGGACUGGUAAUUUUCUUUGGACCCACACUACCGCGUCUAUGGGAAUUGGUUUCCAGACCACAGGAGAUGCUGAGGCCACUGUAAAGAUGUCUAGACUUCCUAAACCUUCCACUAACCAGGGAACUACGAUUUUAGUGGAAUCUGUCAGCUUUAAAACUGAGGACUAAUUGGUUGAAAACUGGAGACUAAUUUGUUGAAAACUUGAGACUAAUUGGUUGAAAACUGGAGACUUAUAAGUUGAAAACUUGAGACUAAUUAGUUGAAAACUUGAGACUAAUUAGUUAAAAACAUGAGACUAAUUAGUUGAAAACUUGAGACUAAUUAGUUGAAAACUGGAAACUAAUUAGUUGAAAACUGAGGACUAUUUGUUUGAAAAAUGGAGACUAAUUUGGCUGAAAACUGGACACUUGCUGGUUGAAAUAUGAAAACUAUUCACUGAGCAGUGAGCAGUUUGCAACUUAACACUUCCGGGAAAAAUAUGUUCGUUGAAUAGUUUAAAAUUGAACAUUUACUGUUUAAAAACUGACUGAACAUUUGCCAGUUGAGAACGGAACAGUGGACAGUGGACACUUCUUUUUAAAACUUGAAAGCUGAAAGCGAAUUUCUGAUUUGAUUUGUUAUUCGUUUUUUCCUCUUAACUUGUUAAUUGAAAGGAUUAGUAGAAAAACACAUAUUACACAGAUAAAAGAUAAAACUAUAUUGUUCAUGUAAUCAACAACAUAGUGUAAUGUUUAAAUACGUAAAUCUGAAUUAUAAGCUCUAACGAAUGUAAAUAUUAACUCAAUUAUUUAAAUUGUCUUUCCAAUUUAGAGUAGUUCUCUUUAACCAGGCAUAUCUGCCCAAACUUUUAAUAUUUCUAAACAGACUUUACAACUAACUGUACAGUCUGCUGUCUGUACAAGUACAACUAACUGUACAGUCUGUACAACUAACUGUACAUCAUGUACAACUAGCUAAUUUGCAUAUUGUAAAGUUUGUAUAAUUUUAAAUACGUAAAUUGUUCUGUCAUUAGUGCCGAGAUAGUAUUUGUAAAAAUUGUGCGGUAUUGUCGUAGUUUUAUUAUUUCUAUUGAUCAGAUCUUGAGCAUAUCGCAAUAUAUUGUAAAAUUUGCGAACCAAGUUAUUAUAUUAAUUGUAAUGAAUGAAUUUGUUUAAUAAUUGCAAAAGGUCGGAUAAAAUCCUAAUUUUGAACAAUACUAGAAUAUGAAAGUUCUCUUAUGCUGUAAACCCUCAUUUAUUAUUUAUUUAAUCAUCGGAUUAAUUUAAAGGUUGGCUCACAAAUAUUUGACAUUCGGCUACAUCUAAAAUUAUGUCACAUUCUGAAUCUAAA